AUGGGCUCCACAGAAGAUGGGAUCCUAGUCCAGUCCCAGGGGGGACGAGGCCUUGGCCGGUCCCUCCCCAAAGGCUCCGUGGAGGACGGGCCCCCCGAAGGGACAGCCCUCUGCCCGGCUCUCCCUCCACGGGGCCAGGAGUCUGACCGAGCCCCGCAGGAGUCCAGGUCCUGGCUGAUCGGGCCCCAGGGGCUCCGCGGGCCCCGUGGGGGACGGGACCUCGAAGGGACAGCCCUCUGCCGGCUCUCCCUCCACGCGGGCGGGGGCUCUGACCGAGACCCAGGGGGGACGAGGUCGCGGCUGAGCGGUCCCAGGGGCUCCGUGGGGGACUGGACCCCAAGCCGGAUGUCCCGGCCGCGCGCCGUGACCUCGCUCCUCGCCCUUGGCACGCGGAGUGGGAGCGGCGCCGAGUGUCUAUAUAAGGUUGUGCCGGGGGCUGCGCUCGGCUGCAGCAAAGUGACACCGGGCUCUCCCUCCCCUCCCCUGCCUGCCAGGCGCCAGGCCUUGCUGGAUCUCCGACCCCGGGGGAUCCUUCCAGCCCUGGCCCGGAUCCUGCCCCUUGGGCUGGGAGCCGUGGAGCUGUCGCGGCGCCACCCGCUGGCAUCCUGGCUGUGCGCCAUGCUGCACUGCUUUGGGAGCUACAUCCUGGCGGACCUGCUCCUGGGGGAGCCACUCAUCGACUACUUCAGCAACAGCUCCAGCAUCCUGCUGGCCUCUGCCGUCUGGUACCUGAUUUUCUUCUGCCCCUUGGACCUGUUCUACAAAUGUGUCUGCUUCCUGCCUGUGAAGCUCAUCUUUGUGGCCAUGAAGGAGGUGGUAAGGGUCCGCAAAAUUGCUGUGGGCAUCCACCAUGCGCACCACCACUACCACCAUGGGUGGUUUGUUAUGAUCGCCACCGGCUGGGUGAAAGGCUCUGGCGUCGCCCUCAUGUCCAACUUCGAGCAACUACUCCGAGGGGUCUGGAAGCCGGAGACCAAUGAGAUCUUGCACAUGUCCUUCCCCACCAAGGCCAGCCUGUACGGAGCUGUCCUCUUCACCCUCCAGCAGACCCGCUGGCUCCCAGUGUCCAAAGCCAGCCUCAUCUUCAUCUUCACCAUGUUCAUGGUGUCCUGUAAGGUGUUCCUGACAGCCACUCACUCCCACAGCUCCCCAUUUGAUGUCCUGGAGGGCUACAUCUGCCCUGUGCUGUUUGGGAUGGCCUGGGGAGGCGACCAUCACCAUGACAACCACGGAGCAUCCCAUGGCGGUGGUGGGCCCGGUGGCCAGCAUUCGUCCAUGGCCGCCAAGUCCAAGGAGGAGCUGAGCGAGGGCUCCAGGAGGAAGAAGACCAAGAAGGCAGAUUAGCGGGCAGCCCGAGGGGCACCAGGGAGGACCCAGACCCAAGACCCUCUGAGCUGGGAGGUGCCCCUGGAUUCGCACAUCACCCUCUCCAGGCCUUGACCUCCCUCCUGCACACCGGGGCCACCAGCCCACCCUCCAGGGCUGACGAGGGGGUUCGAUGAGACCUGAGGUGAAGGCCUUUUGUAGGAAUGGGGAAGGGUCACUCUCUUUGCCGGGACGCCCACAGAGCCAUGGCUUUGGGUGGGCUUCGGCAGCAGCCCCAGCAGAAACCAUGGCAGGCGGUUAUAUUCUUGAUCCCAUUUUUCCCCCUCUAAAGUGACGUCCUGACUGCUGAGGUGUUUGAAGCCAUGUGGAGAUGCCUUUGUCUGAGGGACAGCUCCCAGGUGCCCGCCCUGGGCCCACGUGCUGUGCCUCACAGCCCUUCUUGCCCAGGAUCCUCAGUGGCUAGACCUUCCCCCGGGCCCAGGACGUUCCGACUCUUGCUGGGCAUCCCUGCGCGAGUUUCCUCCCUCCUCUGAGCUUUGCGUUCCCUGUCUGCAUAGUGGAGACCCUUGUCCCUUGUCCGAUGGAAGGGCUGACGUGAGGCUGGCACCAACAGGCCCUCCAUGCUCAUGAGCAGUGGGCCAUCAGGAACGGAGGCCAGCACCAUCAUAGACUAUGACUGAGAAUGGCUUCGCCAUGCACAGUGGCUCACACCUGGAAUCCCAGCACUUGGGGAGGCUGAGGUGGGAGGAUCACUUGAGGCCAGGAGUUCAGAACUAGCUUGGCCAACGUGGUGACACCCCAUUGCUAAGGAAAAAGAAAAAAAAUGACUUUGCAUUUUAGAUCACGUGUGUUUGUGGGUUAGCGAAUCCUACAAGUUCCCCAGCAUAAAGGAAGCCCUCAGUAGAUGUGUCUAAGGCAAGCUUGAGCAGUUAAAGGGUACAGAAGGCCUGUUCUGAACCAUUGGUUACAGGCUGUCCCUAAACCAAAGAAAUGCAGCCACUUGGGCAGGAUUCCAAGAUCCAGCUCUGUCAAGGGGCUCUGAACACUCGCAGUUGGAACCUGGAAGGAAGUACCAGGUCUCCCUUGAGUUCAUUUUUCUCAUUCAGUCAUUCAACAGACGUCUGGACGCCUGCCUGCUCUGUCCUGAGCCUUGUGCCGUUGCUGGCAGGCCAGGAGCUGGCUGCAGGAUGAGCAACAGGGAUGCUAGCCAAAGGGUCCCUUCUGGCCUCCCUCAUGCCAGCCCUGGGGGGGGUAUGGCCAGUCUCGGGUGAGGUUUAGGCCCAGGUGUGGCCCAGCUGUUGGGAAAGUGCCUUGUUCCUGUGAUGCCUGGGGGCUGGGUAGUUCCGAGCGGGAAGGCCCAGUCUCCCCUUGCAUGUCCGUCACAGCUCGGCAGGAAGGGUCCGCCAAUAAAUCUGUUGUGAACCAACCUU